GACGGGCCAGUCAACCCAGCCAGAAACUUGACCAAAAAAGAGCUCUUGCACCAGCGACUGGUAUUUGGAUCCGUAGUGGUGUCUCUCAAUAUCGCCUGCAUCGUUGCAAGUGGAAUGGGCUAUUCCGGCACCUGGGUGUUGGUGGUCAUCUUGUUCUUCAAAAGCAAAGAUUUCCUGUCUGUAUGGAUCCAAAUAUUUUGUCGCAUAUAUUACAAGCUAAAGCCGCUGUUCCGCAAGAUCGAAGUCGAGAAAAAGGCAGCCUGGAUCUUGAGCCUCAUCCCAGCCUACUCGGAAUCGGAGGAACAAAUCGUGAAGACACUUUUCUCACUCCGCGACAAUGGCAUGGGCGAGCACCGACAAGUCAUGUGCGUCAUUCUUGAUGGCAAGCCCAGACCCAUCAAGUCCCACAUGACGAAGGUCGUGGCCUCCUUUUCGCGCAAAUACGUGUCGCUCAAAUGGAAAAUCGGCACGCUCCAGAUCGACGCAGGCUUUGUCGAUGAUAUACCAACGCUGUGCAUUGAGAAGACGCCCAAUGCCGGUAAGAAGGAUUCGCUCAUUCUUUGCCACGACUUGUUCAACUUUCCGCGCUCAAAUAUGGACCAGACAAUCAAAGAUCUGCGCCAGGAACUGUGGUCGACCAUAAUUCCAGAGCUCACAAAGAGUCCUGACCUGAGCAAGUUCGACCUCGUCUUCUGCACCGAUGCCGACAGCACAAUCCAUCACGGUGCUCUCGCAAAGCUUGCUGAUGCGUGUCUGGCGGAUCCGAAAGCCAUAGCAGCAUGCGGGUUCGUCUUCGUCGAGUAUGAGCCAGGACUGGAAUGGUCCUUGUGGAAUCUGUACCAGCAGUUCCAAUACAGUUUUGGCCAGAUUGUUCGGCGUGGAGCAGAGCAUUACGUUGGCAAAGUCACCUGUCUACCAGGCUGUAUCACAAUGAUCGUCGUCCGUCCGGAGAUGGCAGGCGCCAUUGAAAAGUACGCGAAGCCCGUCACCACGUUUCCAGUAUUGCGACAUCAGGUCCAGUAUCUGGGCACAGACCGACGCCUGACGUAUUCGAUGCUGUCGCAAGCGCCAUACCUGCACACACUCUUCGUCCCGGAAGCUGGAUCCGAGACUGUGGCGCCGCAGUCGUUGAAGCACUACCUCUCGCAACGCAGACGCUGGGGGUCGAAUGCGUACUUCAACAAUUACUUUUAUUUCGCUGGCUCAAAUAUGAUCCUCAUCACCCGCAUCGCCGCUUUGAUCGAGAUCAGUCGAUUGAGCAUGGUCUAUUAUCGUGUUUUCAACACCGGACUCUUCCUCUACGGCGUCGCAACCCAUUUCGAUGCCCUUGCAAUUCUCCCACUUAUAAUCAUCUCUUUCACGCCGAGCUUCUGGUUUGCUUUUGCGGUGGCUUUCCUGAACGAUCACCUCCGAGCGAAUUGGAAGAAGCUUUUUUGUGGGUUCUGUAUCAACCGAUGCAUAUCGCCAUUCAUGAGUAUUACGGUGUUUAGUCUGGUAGCUAAGAACUUGGGUAGCCAGGUCUGGGGUAUUUCUGGGGUGACUGCGGGCACGAAUGUCACACCGGCUGCCGCU